AUGACCUACGCCAGUGACUUGGCCGCUUCACUCGGCUCUUCCCUGUCAAGUCUGACCCCUCUUCUUCUUGAAGCGGCCGAUGAGUCCGACCUCGACUCGUCCUCGCCCACACCACCUGUAGCUUCCCAGCCCACCACAACCCAGCAUGGGACCCCAACCCGUGCCCAGGUGAUCCAUGAUCGUGCCUCCUCCUUGCGGUCGAUCCUAUCCAAGCUGCAUCCUUCCCACCCCGCUUCGUCGUUCGAGCUCGCCUCGUUGCUCGAUCAGGCCUUCCCAUCGUCAUCGUCAUCGUCAUCGUCAUCGUUAUCGUUAUCGUUAUCAACCUCCUCGAAUGAUCGGUCCUCCGUUCAAGCUCAGGCACAAUCAUCGAACCAGCUACAGUCGAUCGAAUACGUUACUCUCGCGCAUAUGACCAUCUCGGCCUAUGGUCUGGUGCUCAAGCAACUGAUGCAGCAGGCGAGCGACCUUGCGCAAGAGGACGAGUGGUGGGCCGACAGAGAAACCGAUGCUUGGAAUCAGGGAUUGUACUUGUUGCAGAGUGAGCUCUCGCACAGAGCAACUUGCAAAGCACUCCCGACUUACACACGCUCUCCACCAACAGCUACCCCAUCGAGGCUGGUCUCGCUCUCCGCGACGUUGGUCACCCGACUACGCGAUCUUACCACCGCCGCCCUGCACUCGAGUCGACCUGCGCCGUCCUAUCUCUCCUGGUCUACCUACCGAACCGCUCUUCCCCCCUCGCUCCUCGUCACCGCCAUCUUUCCCCACCUUGCCACCUCGACGGGCGUAGCUUCCCCAACGGACGCUCUCGAUCCGUUUGGAACCGACGACUCGACUCUGGCCGUCACCUCCUCAAGUGGGGGCGUCUCCUUCUCCCAUGCCACUCGACUGGCCAAAAAGACGACCCGAUCCUUGUUCUUCCUCACGCUCUCCCCUUUGGCGUUGACGAGGCAAGAGAUCUUUCAUCGGCGCAAGACGAUUCGUCAGACGAGGCAGAGUCUGGCCAUCAGCAUUGGCGAAUUGACGUUGGCGCCUCAGCCUUCGAUUGAUGGGGAUCACCAAGAACAACAAAGAGCGAACAAUGAUGACGGCAAGAAUCGUACUGAGAGGACUCUACCGGCUGUGUUGACGACGACCGAUCAAGAACCUGCGACACUAGACGCGCUCAAGGAUGCAUGUUGGACAACCUUGGUUCAUCUCACGUCAGCACUCGCGACCUCGCCCAAUUCUUCCUCGAACGUGCCAUCCCCUCCCGAAGCGAGCAAGCCAUCGUCAGCGCAAGAAUGUGCUCGAGCGUUACACACCCUCCUCACGAGAACGAUGGUCGCCCAAGCCAAGACGCUCGAAACCCAACUCGAGCAAGUCUCGCGACCCCCCUUCCUCACCCGCGCCUGGCCCUACCUCCUCGCCGUCCCUCUCGUCUCUUACGGUAUCGGCCGGACGAUCUACAAUUCGCGUCAUGAUUUGCUGCACUACGCUAGGGAUGCGGUUGAUACGGUCAAGAGGUUCGUUAUGGAUUGGGUUUUGGAACCUGUCAGAGGCAUCUUUGAGACCGUGCGGGGUGAAGGAGGUAUGAGCUUGACGGGCAAGGAGACGUUGAAGAGUGAUUUGGAUGUGAGUUCUAGCUGAGGAGGCAAGGCGUCUCGUCGUUUUGGGGGUGUUGAUCGAUGAGGCUGAUUAGUCCCGGUUCAUUUGCGUCGAGCGCUCAGAGUUUGGAGAGGAUGGUGAUUGAUUUCGGGAGGGACGAAUACAAGCUCUCGGAGGCACAACUGGGUGAUCUAAAGGAGAAGGUUCGAGCGGGGGAUUUAACACCCGUUUUGAAAGCGUUCGAACAUGAUCUCAAAGUGAGCCAUACCUUUACAGCCUUAGAUGCUGACCCCAAGCUGAUUCCGACACCUCCACUCUAUUCCCCAACCCCACAAAGUCCCCCCUCCGAUCCGCUAUCUCCGGCUCCCUAAUCCGCACCCUCCUAAUCCAAGUGCAAAAAGUCAAAGUCGACGUCGCCCUCGCCAUGGACGGUAUCGAAAAAAUGCUUCGCUCCCAACAACUCACCUUUGGAUUCGUAGGUGUUGCACCCUCGAUCCUUGUCCUCUUUGCGUUCGGUAAUUGGGUCAAAGGUUUUACGAGGAGGGAUGGGAGUAGUAAGAAGAGGAGAAAGGAGUGGGGUAAGAGGUGUUGGUUGAGUACGAGGCAGUUGGAUUUGUUGUUGGCGCCUCCUAGGGAUAUCGAGGCGUCGACGAAGACGUCGAAGGGGGAUCGAACCGGUGAGAAGGAAAAGUUGACGCAGGGUUUGGUCUUGUUGUGUUUGGCGAAUCUGAGGAAUUACGCCAAGAGGGGUAUCUUCCCUAGUCGGGAUACGCAGUUGAGGCAGGCGUUCUUGGAGGAUGUGAGGGCGAUUGAAGAUGAAGGAGCUAGGGCCAAACCGGAAAAGAGGGCUAAGAUGGUUGAGAGGAUGUGGAGGUGGGGGACAGCGUUGGGGUGGGAAGGGAUUGCGUAG